AAUUCUCAGUCUAAAAACUCCCAAUUUCCCUUUUCUCUUCAUUCUCUCUCCCCCUCCCCCAUGUAACUCCCCCACCACCACCAUCUGCGAAACCCUCUUCCGAACUCUGGUUUCCCCCUCUUUCCAUUUACUUGUUUGUUCAAGUGGUUCAACUUUUAUUUAUUUUUAUCCUGGUCUGGGUUUGGAAACAGAAUUUGAUCCAAUGCUAGCAGCUAAGACUUUAUGUAAACUCUCAAGUUUACGGUCUUUCUUGCCCUGUACAUUUGAUCCAAUAGUGCCAAGUUUGGAGGCAUUAAUUUAUAGUACGUUGUUGAGCACUGUUGUUGAUAUACCUCAGAAGACUAUGCCUGCUGCUUUUUUAGGCAAAGUAAAUGAAAUGGCAACUGGAAAUGUCUUGUCUGAACAGGGAAACCAUAUACCAUUCAAAAGUAGGGGUGAUGAGAAGUCAAGAGAUGCAUUUGCAUGUGGAAGACAAAUACAGAGUCUUCCCCAGAGACAUUUCUUAAAUCAAGUACCUGGAAUGGUUGGAACUCUCCCUGAUGCUUUUUGUAUGCCAAAUCAUCAUUAUAACUCUAAUUGUAAUGAUAAUGACACAAGCGAGGGAACAAAUAAGUUUCUGAAAACCAUACCAAGAUAUGUGAAGAUAGUGGAAGUUGGUCCAAGGGAUGGGUUGCAAAAUGAGAAGGAGAUUGUACCUCCCUCCAUAAAGAUUGAGUUGAUAAAGAUGCUUGUUUCUUCUGGGUUGCCUGUUGUUGAGGCCACUAGUUUUGUUUCGCCAAAAUGGGUACCACAGCUAGCAGAUGCAAAGGAUGUACUCGAGGCAAUUCAGUGUGUUGAGGGAGCUAGGUUUCCUGUUUUAACACCUAAUCUUAAAGGUUUUGAGGCAGCUGUUGCAGCUGGAGCUAAGGAAGUGGCCAUCUUUGCUGCAGCUUCUGAGUCUUUUUCGAAGUCAAACAUAAACUGUAGCAUUGAAGAUAGCCUUGCUCGAUAUCGUGAUGUUGUGCUUGCUGCUAAAAAGCUCUCAAUUCCUGUCCGUGGUUAUAUUUCUUGUGUUGUUGGGUGCCCAAUUGAAGGAGCAAUAGCUCCAUCAAAAGUAGCAUACGUGGCAAAAGAACUUUUUGAUAUGGGAUGCUUUGAAAUUUCCCUUGGUGAUACGAUUGGUGUUGGUACUCCAGGUACUGUUAUUCCAAUGCUUGAAGCUGUUAUUGAUGUUGUACCUUUGGAGAAGCUUGCUGUUCAUUUCCAUGACACUUACGGACAAGCUCUUUCAAAUAUUCUUGCAUCACUCCAAAUGGGUAUUAGCAUUGUAGAUUCAUCUGUAUCGGGUCUUGGAGGUUGCCCAUACGCUAAAGGUGCUUCUGGGAAUGUUGCAACUGAGGACGUUGUUUAUAUGCUAAAUGGGCUCAGAGUUGAGACCAAUGUGGAUCUCCGAAAGGUCAUGUUGGCUGGGGAUUUCAUCUGUAAACAUUUGGGCCGGUCCUCUGGUUCAAAGACCACAAUUGCAUUGAGCCGAACCACAGCUCAUGCUUCCAAGUUAUAAGCUACGUGGGACCAAUGCACCUUGCUAAAGACAUGCUUGCACACCAAGUUCUCAGUUUUUGAAAUUGCCUCAAGCUAUGUUUGAAUCAACAAUUUGAGGAGGGAAAGUAAAGGGGAUAUUCAGAAUUGCCUUCAAUGUCCCUCUAUAGAUGUAUCGGUUUCCAUUGUUGUGUCACAGAAGCAUUAAAAAAAAGUAAUGAUAAAUAAUCUCUCAGUCCUUUGUCCUCACAUUUGAACUUUGUUCAGUUUCUAUUUUGUGAUGAUUCCCUUUCA